AUGGAGGGCGACCCAGAGGAUCUGGGCAAGGCACCGGAGGAGACAGGGGAUGGGCGGGCCUUGGCUGAGAUCCAGGAGCUGGCUCUGAAGUGGUUCAUGGAGACACAGGCCCCCUCUAUCCUGCAGAACGGAGCUCUGCCACCCUGGUUUCAUGGAUUCAUCACCCGCAAGCAGACAGAGCAGCUACUCAGGGACAAAGCUCUCGGUUCCUUCCUCAUCCGCCUCAGUGACCGGGCUGUCGGCUACAUCUUGUCUUACAGGGGUAGUGACCGCUGCCGUCAUUUUGUCAUCAAUCAGCUCCGAAACCGACGCUACCUUGUCUCAGGAGACACCCUCAGCCACAGAACGCUGGAUGAGCUCCUGCGCCAUUACCAGGAGGUGCAGCUUGAGCCUUUUGGGGAGACCCUUGCUGCUGCUUGCCCACGGCUAGAGGAAAACGAUCUGUACGACGCUGUCAACACGGGCCUCCAGCAGACUAAUCUGGGCCUGGAAAUUCCAGCCAUGGAAUUUCCCGUCGUGGUCCCGGACAAGGCCACCAGCCCCCGACUUGCUCCAAGGCCCCAGGUCUCCUUCCUGCACACCAAGAAAGCUCUAGAUGUGAGUCCCCGGACUGUCUCAAAAGAGGAAGGUGCAGAGGCACCCACUAGAGUGCCCCCCAUUCCCCAGAGGAGCCCUUCUCUUCUGGAUGAGCCUUCUGCAGGCCCCAGUGACAUUAUCUAUGCAGACCUGAAGAAGAUGAACCGGGCACAACUAAACCUGGGCACAGAGGUAUCUGGCAGGCACGGGCCAGUUCCAGCGGGCAGCCUGGCUUGUUCCCCAGACAGGGAGCCCUCAGGGAAACUCUCAAAUGAAGAUCAGAACAGGCCCAAUAGCCUGGGGCCUGCCCCAUCUGGAGUAAAACCAAACCAGGGCUCUACAAUGCCUUAUGCUUCAUUAGGAUUCCCCCAGCCCCCCAAUUUGGAGCCCCUGGGAUCAAGGGCUACUACUUGGAGGCAGGGGUUCCUAAAGCUGAGCCAUGAGGCUCAGUCCACCUCUGAGGCCAGCUCUACCGAUACCUACCAGCUUGUUGGCACAGCAGCAGGCCCACAGCAGGAGGGUAGGGACAGACCAGACAAAGGAGGCAGUACCUAUGAGCAGAUUCCAGCCUGCUGGCAUGGCCCUGCCAAGUUCCCAUACCCAGGAGUCAGUCCCACAUACAGCCAGCUCUCAGAGCCUUCGAACUGUGGCCAUGAGAAGAUCUCGGGGAGCUCUCAGCUGCCAGAGCCAGGAAACACCUAUGAGCAAAUCCCAGCCUCCAAGAACAAGGACACUGGACGGGUGCCCAAGCCUGACAAGUUUCGGAGGCUCUUCUUCACAGACAAGAAGCACAGAUUCUGA